UAUGAGUACAAGAAUAUUUUUUGAAUUAUUAAAUGUUUAAUAAAAUUCUUUGAGCUCUUCUAUGAGAAGUUAAUUCACAUGUUAGUCUCAUGCAUCUCUUAAGGGCAAUCUUCCCCUUAUUUAAACCCCUCUUACCACCUCCCCCAUUCUCACUACACCCAUUUCUCCAACCAAGCAAUUAACCAUCUCUCUCUCUCUUUCUCUCUCUAAAAACUCGUUCGUGAUUUCUCUCUCCUCUUAUUAUUGCUAAUACAUCUCCUUUAGUCCUUUGAACACCUUUGAUAUACAAACAACCUAACUAAUACUUCAACUCUACUAAUUAUAUUACCAUUAUGAAUCCGGUAAGCAAUGCCGCUUUCAUAGCCAAAACCACCUCGGCCAACCACGAAGAAUUCUUCGCUAAGCGAUGUGUGUGGGUGAAUGGACCGGUGGUAGUUGGUGCUGGCCCUUCAGGGUUAGCAGUGGCUGCAGGGCUUAAGGAACAAGGUGUCCCCUUUAUCGUGCUUGAGCGAGCCAACUGCAUUGCCUCGCUAUGGCAAAUACGUACCUAUAACCGCCUUAAGCUUCACCUUCCUAAGCAAUUCUGUCAGCUUCCUAAUUUCCCUUUCCCUGAUGACUACCCUGAAUACCCUUCAAAAGACCAGUUCAUAAACUACCUUGAGUCUUACGCUAAGAAAUUCGACAUACAACCUCAGUUCAAUGAGUCAGUGCAGUCUGCUGAGUAUGAUGAAACAUGUGGUCUUUGGAGGAUUAAGACCGCUUUGGGUGCUGAUAACUGCACCAACAAGCGCGAGGUUGAGUAUAUAUGCCGGUGGAUUGUGGUUGCCACCGGCGAAAAUGCUGAAAAGGUGGUGCCCAAGUUUUUUGGGUUCCAUGAAUUUGGUGGUGAUAUUAUCCAUGCAUGUGAGUACAAAUCUGGUGAGCAAUACCGCGGCAAAAAAGUUAUGGUUGUAGGGUGUGGGAAUUCUGGGAUGGAAGUUUCUCUUGAUCUUUGUAACCAUGAUGUUCAACCCUUACUUUGUGUUCGUAGCUCGGUUCAUGUACUGCCUAAAGACGUACUGGGGAAAUCGACAUUCGAGUUGGCAAUGACACUAUUGAGGUGGUUCUCACUGCGUACAGUUGAUAAGAUACUGCUGUUUCUAGCAAGUUUAUUGCUCGGAAACACAGACAAAUACGGUCUAAAAAGGCCGGAAGUUGGUCCAAUGGAGCUGAAGAAUACAGAAGGAAAGACCCCAGUGUUGGACCUUGGUACAUUUGGUAAAAUCAGAUCAGGACAGAUUAAGGUUGUUCCUGGUAUCAAGAGAUUUGCCAGAGGUAAAGUCGCCUUUGUCGAUGGAGAGAUUCGUGAGGUCGAUUCCGUUAUCCUCGCUACUGGGUACCGCAGCAACGUUCCCCUAUGGCUGAAGGAAAGUGAUUUCUUUACCAAAAAUGGAUUCCCGAAAGCGCCAUUCCCCAAUGGCUGGAAAGGAAAUGCCGGAUUAUACGCAGCCGGGUUCACAAAACGAGGAUUAUCCGGUGCAUCAGAAGAUGCCAUCAGAGUAGCAGAAGACAUUGGAAAAAUCUGGAAAGAAGAAACCAAGCAAAAGAAGCCUCCUGCUGCUUGUCAUAGGCGGUGUAUUUCGCAGUUUUAAGAUAACAGCAGCAAAUACAACUAAAACUUGCGAAACUAAACAUUGUUCAGAUAACUUCAAAUUCUUUUUUUACUUCUUUUUUGUGGAUUUUUGUCUGAUUUAGGCAGUUGUUCAGUUCUGAUAAAACUACACAAAUCAGGUUGCAUAGACAUUUUAUUUAGGAACACAAAGCUCACAAAGCAGCCCUCUUCCUUAAAAGAACCCAGUCUCUAAAUAUUAGGGGCACCUUUUUGUAUAGAGGAAGAUGAGGCUUUUUACUUUUUUUUUUUAUUUAUUUUUCUCUUUACUGUGUGAAAUACCUUGGUGUAACAAUGAAAAAUUAUAAUCAAAUUUAUAAUUGCCUCUUAUACAUAAUAUAUUUAUUGGAGAACUUCAUUUCUAUCAGAUUCUUGAUGACCAGAUUUGAUAGUAUCAGACAUUCAGACUAAUAGAACUGACUUGACAUGAUUGACCGAACUGGCGAACUCGAUUAUAAAAGUUAAACUAAAUUGUAACCAAGAUUACAUGUGUUAUAAACGGAACUGCGGGAACAAAAACAGUAAGAACAAAGUUACCGAAAAAUAGACUGAGUCGCGGACUAUGUCGCUUUCUUUAGAACAUUCACGGCACUGCCCUGAAAUGGUGCAAGCAGUUCGUACUAAACCGGAUGUUCCCCAGGAUAAAACAGCCUUUCUCUAUUGUAAUUAUACCGGUGGAACUGCACAAAACCACCGGGCAACUAAA